AUCGUUAUUUGUUCCUCAGCACAGGACACAUCGUCGUUGGGUCUACUAAGCAAGGCCAAGCGAAUUUGAACUUUUACAUCUUAGCCUCCCGUCCCCGGAAAAUUUUCUCAUUCACUGUCUAGCCCCCGGUAAGUGGUCUAGCUGCCAGUUCUGGGAAAGAUCUAUUGUCAUUUCUAUUUCCGGGAACCAAGUGUUCACUUCAUAACAAAUGAUGGCGGCAUUUGCGUUUGCACACCCGCGAGAUUUACUUACUUGCGAUAUCAUCCAGAAAUACGAAUCCGUGAAAGAAAGUAAUGCAACCACAAGAAAGAAGAAAAGAUGGUGUGAGGGUUUAGAGCAAAACAUAAAACAGAUCUAUCCAAAUCGAAAACUUAUCUUGGUCGGGUCUUCGACAACAAGCUUUGCAAUCGAAGGUUGUGAUGUCGACUUGGCCCUCAUUCGUACGGAAAGCCAAACAUUUUACGACUUUGAGUCGGGAUUACAGAUUCUGAGUCGAAUCCGAGGUGCUUUGAACUCAAGACCAUCAUUGAAUACUGAGCUGAUCAGUUCUGCAGUUGUUCCCAUAUUAAAACUCAAAGACCGCAGUGAAGGACUCGAGGGAGAUAUUAGUGUUGAUGUUCAGAAUGCCAUAUUUAACACAUAUCUGCAAAAGUGUUAUGGCACAAUGGAUCCCAGGGUCGCUCCUUUGGUGACGACCAUCAAGUACUGGGCUCAAGUAUCUGGAAUCACUGGAGCACUUUAUCACAAGCUUUCUGGUUUUGCUAUAGUUCUGUUAGUGAUCUACUAUUUGCAAAGAGGCUGUAGUCCACCCGUCCUUCCAUCCUUACAGAAAUUGAAUCCAGCUCACUUUACCACAUCUUCAAGCGCCAGCAGUACUGCAGAAAAACUGACCAGUGACUCUCUCCCAGCGGUUGUUACCUCAUAUAAUUCAACUAAUACAGCGACUCUUGGAGACUUGCUGGUGGGAUUUUUCAGUUUUUACUGUGACUUCGAUUGGCACCAAGUAUUAUCUGUUCGUCUUGCGGGCCCAAGGAGAGUGCCUUCUGAUAAAAAGUGGACCCGUCCUUACAUCCGCAUCGAAGAUCCUUUUGAUCAAAAAAAUGUCACACGCGCCGUUUAUAUGUUCCCACAAUUCAGUGACAUUAAGCGGGCGUUUAAAACAGCAAAAGGAAAGCUAGCAUAUGGUAGUUGUCGUUUGCAUGAAAUACUUUAGUUUUAAUCUGCACCCUAAAGGUAAAAAUUCAUUCGAGUCUUGAUUCACAUACUCAUAAGAGUGUGUUUUCGAUCAAAUACUAGGACUUUUUUACUCGAUAAAGCAGGUUCUAAACUGUUUUGUAAAAAAGGACACAACUGGACAAAAAGUAACCCUGUUACCUAAAUAGUUUUUUGUACGAAUGACUACAAAACACACCAAAUGCAAGGUACAAAGUUAUGAAGAGAAUCCUCCAAAGAAGUGUUCUCUAACAUUAUCCUUCCUCCGCCAAGAGACAGGAAACGGAAUUGAAUGGAUGGCAAUUGACACCCGCCACCGUUUCUGAAUUUGAAUAAGAACUUCUAAUCGAAGUGAUGGUUGUCAAGCCAGUCUUUUUAGAAUUUAACUGAAUUAUUUUUGAUGUUUCACUGACCUCGUGGCUAUUGUAAUCAUGGACUUGAAAUUUUUAGAAAAUUUUUGCCACACAUAACCUAUGGUAAUACCAUAACUUCAGCUAUAUGAAAAAGACAAUCGUCAGCAGGACAAAGUAAUGGGGAAAGUUCUCAGAUAAGAGUAGUGAGGGUGCCAAAGUAACUGCGUUAAUGAGUCAUACGUAAACUGAUUGAGCUCGAGUAAAUCGAUAGUUCGCACCUGUCGCACGAUUGAGAAUAAAUCAUUUGUUUGCACAUGUUGA